AUGGAUUCAGAGCAGGUUUCUAAAACACGUGUCAGUCGGGGCAUGGAAGGGCCUGGAUUUACAUCAGUAUUCCUUUCGACCUACAAAUCAAAGUUCUCCACGUCAUCAAAUUUUGUCCGUUUCUUCACUCCUCUGUCAUCAGAAGAUAUAAAUUCCAAAAUUCAGUCAAAAAAUCGAAAAAUUUGGUUCAUGUAUAUGUACGUCUUACCUGUGAAUUCUCAUCACCGGUGGAUUCUACCAUGGACGACACGCGUCACAAUGUCAAAACCACUGAACCUGUCCAAAACCGCGACGAACCACCACCUCCGCAAGCGGGAGAAGGAGAAGAAAGGAAACGGAGAAGACGACGCCGAGGAGUGUGACGUGGAGGCAUGGGACGCGCUGAGUAGCAGCUUCCGGCAGGUGCAGACCGUGCUAGAUCAUAAUAGGAAGCUGAUUCAGCAAGUGAACGAGAACCACCAGUCCAAGAUCGCGGAAAAUCUCGCCAAGAACGUUGACCUCAUACGAGAGAUCAACGGGAAUAUCUCGAAGGUGAUCUCGAUUUACUCUGAUUUAUCGGUCGAUUUCACUAAUAUCGUGCAGAAACGGAGUGGUGUCAAGGAUGGAAAAGACGACAGCGCUGAGACCUAAGUAAAUGAUCGAUCGAUCAUCGAUGAAUUUGAGUAAAUUUCGCCAACCCUUUUUAAUAUAAUAAGGUGUAGUUGAAUAGUGUUUGAGUCAGUUUGUUGCAGCCUUAAUGGAUUUGGCUGUGGUGGUUGAUUUACUGAGUCUUUAUGUGUUAUGUAUCUGUCGUAUGUGGAGAAACUGAUCGUUUGAAGUUCAAAUCCUUGUUGUUUUGGUGGUGAUUGUUAUGCUUCGAAUGAUAAUGAUAAUGAUUGCUUAUGUGGUGUU